CUUUAUUGUUAAACAUUUGCGAACUCUCCUCCCAACGGGUUUAGCAGAAAAAUGCAUCAUCCAAAAGCAAAAAUGGAUGAAUUUAAAACAAAGUUUAUGGACUUGCUGCACAAACAGGCCAAUAGGCAGUUAAAAAUACCAGCUAUGGGUUUCUCCGAUUACUUCAUUCAGAGUGUCACAACUGAGCCUACGGAAGCAUCUGCAAACAAACAGAAAGCUGGAAUCAAUGGACCAUCGUUAUCACCAAGUCUUGAAAUUGAUGCAUCUAAUUCCGAUAUUGUUGAUACUACUGCCAACGCACAAAAAUCCGACCAAGAAAUACUGGAGAGUAUAGAGGAAAUAUAUUUUCAACCAGAAGGGGAGGAGGGGCGCAAUGUGCAUGGUCAAUAUGAACUUCAGAAAGUUCUCAGUGACGGUGUAAAUUUUCAACUAAUUGAUGGAACGAUUGCACAAUUGCGUACACAGCAUAAGGUCCUAUCAAAGCAAGUACUGCAAAACAUAUUAGAGCAACGUAGCGCUUGUAACGAGGAGUUUGCAUCCAUUAAUGAUAUACAAAAAGAUCUGGAAGAGUCCCUAUGGACUUGUCGAAAAGCACGUUCUUAUUUAAAUUAUGCAAAAGUCAAUUUAACCACAACAAGCCUAGAAAUAUUAGCAUCUUAUCGAAAGCGUGAAAUACUUAAGGAGCUUUUAAAUACUUUGCUCGCUAUUAAAAAACUGAAAUCAACUGACGUCGAAGUGCAAAAAUUUCUUUCGGACUACAAUUACUCUGGUGCAAUUGGUUUGCUCCUUAAGUGUAAAGAUUCUGCUGAAGAAUAUAUGCAAUACAACUGCGUGCAGUCAUUGAAUAAGAAGCUACAAGAAACCCUUUUGCUAACGGAGUUUCAGUUGGACACAGUUCUCAAUGAGAUGAUUUUGAAUUUUGAUAUGCGGAAGUAUGCGAAGCUGCAAGAAGCUUACAAACUGCUCAACAAAUCGCUGAUGGCUAUGGACCAGCUGCACAUAAAUUUCAUCUCCGCUAUACAUUCCUCUGUAAACUCAGUGUUACGCGCCUUCAACGACCCAAAUAUUGAUGAAAACAUGAAAUUCCUUUUCGAACAACUUUGUGAACAAGUGACUGUGGACAAAUACAUUUCCUGCUUGAUCAGCUUAUGCAAAACAUUCUGGACUAUAUUGGCGUCCUACUAUCAAAUUGUCGUUUGGCAUCAAAAUUAUAAGCUCUAUCCUUUGGACAUGGAAGACUCGCCCGACAUUUAUAUACAAGAAAAGCUGAAGAAGGGUCAAUCACGAAUUUGGAAUGAUAUUCUAACAAAGAUUUGCACAUUUCUACAAAGCACCAAACUGAAAACGUUGAAGUAUGAUCAAUUCAUACAAGUAUUAUCCAUAGUACAGCGUUUAAAAAAAGUUGGCUUGGAGUUUUGUGGUGAACAGUCCGAGAAAUUGAUUGAAACAAUGCAAGUACAAAGUCAGGAAUUUUUCCAACGUUAUCACAUAACAUGCCUAGAGGAGAUAUGUCUCUUUUUGGAUAAUGAAUCGUGGACAAUGGUGGACUCGUUUGUUAAUAUACUCCAGUUGCCGGAAUUUCGUUCUGUACGCAACACGUUAAGGCGGCAUAAAUCUCCGCCUGUCGCACACUUGGCCGUUUCAGCGAUAUCCGUAAAUAAUUCACCAACAAGCAAUAACAAUUGUGACGAAUUAGUGUCGGUGCAUUCGCAAGACGGUGGUAGUUCCAUUUACGGUUCCUAUGGUUACUUUCUGCGUUUCUCUGAGAAGAGUUCGCCAUUUGAUGGUGGCCUAGAUGUGGCUAUGCUUGAAGAGGACAUACUCUCCGGUAUUGUAGACGAGGCAUCCUGCUACUUCUCAGAGGACAGUGAUGACGAGCAAAAAAGCAUGCAAAGCAAAUAUGAAGAUGAGGCUGGCAAUGCGUGUGUUAUUGUAAAUAACACAACACUGAACGUAUUCCGUUGCAUUGGCCGUUACCUACAAAUGUGUAAGUUGUUGCAUUGCAUUUCACCGAAAAUUGUGGCGAGCAUGUUGGAAUUGAUGGACUUCUACGCCUAUGCGGUGCAUGAAAUUUUCGGCAAAGAUGCUCCCGUGACGAUGGAAAAAUUUUACAACGCACGUCUUGAGCAAAAACUCCAAACAGUUCUGGAUAAUGUCGUAACAAAUAUAAAGAUUUGGCCACUAAACUUUUCAUCACUGAUUAAUAACGAGCUGGCGAAUCCAGAUACUCUGUACGGCCUUUCACAGCGCAUAGUUGCGAUAGAGAGUGGCCAUUGUAUGACACAGCAGUUUCAAACGCUACACAAUUACCUCAACCAUUUGUUAGCGCCACAAGAGCGACCAAUGCUAACAGCUUAUUUCGACUACAUUGAAUUCAUGGCUGAUAUUGCACGCCCAGUGUACACCUGUGUUACUUCGCGCGUCAUUGAUUUGCCAGCGGUCUUAGCAAUGAUCAGCAAAGUGAAAUGGGACGUGAACCACGUCAGUUUUCAACAUAAUAACUAUAUUGAUAUAAUGAAUCGGAAUAUUCAAAGUUUUGCAAUGCGUUUGGAAGAAAUCGCCAAAGAAAUAAAUCUACCUGCGGAAAUUAUAUGGAACUCCAUGGCUCAUGUCGCGACGCAUUUGCUAGUAGAAGGUUUCUCGAAUGUAAAAAAAUGCUCUGCCGGCGGUCGUGCGCUAAUGCAAUUAGAUUUUACAAAUUUUAUGUCCAUACUCGAGUUGAUUUCCAAUCAAAAAUAUCCAGCGCAUCGCAUUUAUGUUGACAGUUUCAUUAAGGCAUAUUAUUACUCAAAUGAACAAUUCGAAGAAUGGAUUGAUGCGCAGCGCAAUCUGGAGCAAUAUUCCACAAAGCAACUAACCAAUCUCAUACAAUGUGUUUGCGUGAGCGACAAACGCACCAGACAAAAACUAUUACAAUUAUUAGGUGGUAAUAACACUAGUGUUGGAAAUGGCAAUAAUCUCAAUUUAAGUACAAGUAGCACAUAGUUGGAAUAUUUAAUCCAUGUAGCGUCAUAUUAAGCGCCAAGUAUUUGGCCACUGCACAAAUAUUUAUAAUUUCAAAAAUCCAUAUGUUACAUAUUCACAUAUAUGUAUAUUUUGUGCUAUUCAGUGCUACGUUAAUGUCUCGAAACAUUCCACUUUUGAUUUAUAUUUGUAGGCAUAUUUGCAAAUCACUUUACCUCUUGUUAUUUAUAUGCACACUAAGGUUUCCGUUGUUUGCCCAAGUUGAUUUGUGUUUUGAAAACGUUCCCUUAAGGGUCGUAAACAAGCUCUUUAUUUUGAAUUUAAAUCGCGGCGAAAUUAUUUUACUUUUCCCAUAUAUUUUAUAUGAGAGUUUUUGAUACAAAAUUAUUUGCUCUAUAAAAAUUGUUCGAAAAAUUUUUUCAUAAAAACAUUCCAUGAAAAGUUCUAUGCAGUUAAAGUUCUGCAUCAAAUGUACUGUAUGUAUACGGUACACCAUGUGGUAUGAGUAACACAGUUUGUGUAAAUCAUUUGAUGGAUUCUUUUUUUAGGGCAAAAUCUUGAGGGGCGUACCCUUAAUGUGCAUUAUAACUAAAACUAAUUUAUUUAUUAUCUAUUUAAUCGAUCUCCUAUUAACCCUAUAUUACUCGAAAUGAUGUACUU